UCACUGUAGCUUGCGCAUGCGUAGACUGACAGUUCAACUUGUACGACAUUUUCUGUGUAUCGAUUGUGUUCUUGUCCGUAGCGGUUUCAACAACCUAUUUGAAAAAAGAAUUUGUGCAAAUUGCGACUGAUCGCAACAAUGACGAUCGUCACGAAACCAAUCACCGAGAAAAAACUCGAGAAAUCCACCCUUCCGUUGGUAGAAAAUGAUCAACUUGCAACUGCGCCACCACCAACUUCAAAUCAAGAUGAUUUAGAAUCUGGUUCUCACGACCCCCAAUUCGUCUUUUUAAGAGCUCGAGCUCAAAAAGUUUCAAGCUCAGCUGUUUUAUGCGUGUUUCUAACUGGAUUGAUGGUGGUAAGUUUGGGCAUCAUCUGCGGGUUCUACCUCUACAAACAACGUAUCGAGGUCUUCAAAAAAUGGUGUAAAAUCCCGCUUGAACCGCACACCGCAAUGUUAAACUCCGACGACCUCCGCAUGCCAUACAACAGCCUCACAGAAGAACUGGAAUUAGAUGUUUUACGCGGAGAAUACGAAAAAAUCACCGUUCCCGACUUUGAAGAUGGUCGUAAUGGACGAUUCGUGCAUGAUUUUAAUAAUAAUAAAACGGGAAUUAUUGACACAACUGGACAAAGAUGUUUUGUUAUGCCUUUAGAUCGGGAUAGUGUUCUUCCUCCGAAGUCACUUUUUGAUUUAAUUCAUAAAAUGUGGGAUGGUUAUUAUAAAGUUGAUACAGAGAUUAUUCGUAAUACAAUGAAAGUUAUUGUUCCCCCGCUUGAAGAUCCUAGAGAUGCUGGGGAUUACAUUGCUAAGGAGUGUUAUAAUUUACCGAUUUAUAAGUUGGAGAAAUAUGUUGGUGGAGUGGUAAAACGUUCAGCAGAACUACACACUCAAGCAAAAUUCGCCCAAUUUUCUGGUAAAGGUAUAACGGAAUUUGAUUUAGUCAAUUUCGACGAUGUGCUGGCAUAUGAAGAGUCCCAGAAGAAUCACUAGUUUUCUACGUCGUUGAAAAUGUCACGCUAUAGAAAUACAAUAUAGAUUUGCUAUUUUUAUUUUACUAUUACAUAUAAACGUAUAUUGUAUAGAAAGAUGACGAAAAAAAAGAGAUAAGGGACGGAAAUUUUUCCGUAUUUAACUAUAGUUCGAAAUGAUAUUUGUUAUUAUAUGGUGUUCCCCUCGAAUAAAAAGAGACAAACGUAAAAUUGCAUGAUUGUAAACCCGUUUUCACAUUGUUCUUGUAAUAUUAUUGGGGGUUGGAACAACUUUGUUCAAAAUCUGGCUUUACAUUCGACGGUUAAAGCUCAAAAAAAAUUUCACACAUUCUCAAGGGAGAUUGAUUAUCAAAAAAAUUCCUUUUGUUUAAAAAUUGUGGUAAUAAAUUUGAUGGUUGAAAAAGGCUGAACAGAAUUUAUUCGGUAACCAAUUUUCGUGUUUUUAUUUUUAAUUAAUGAUGGUGUUAAUUAUUUACAUAUUUGUUUAUAUAUUUAGGUAAAUAAUUAUUUAGUUAAUCGACUCUGCAUGAUGUUAUUUAUGUGCAAUACAUAUCCAAUUGCAAGUCGUGUAUGAUAUAUGUAAUCUUUUACAAAGCUGUAUAUUUAUUUAAAUAAAUAUAAUCACCAAAAAAAUUG